GGAUUCUUCUUGGGGAGAACUGAGGAGGAUGCAGAGGAGCUGGUUGACAACAUGGUUAAGAGUGAUGCAGUCUACAGUGGAGACCACGACAGAGGCAGUAGAUCUGAUGAUAAGCAAACGAGGAAGGAGUUGAAAGCUCUACAAGAUAAGAUAGACAUCCUCCUUGCUGAUAAAGCUACCCAAGAGCAGCUGCACUUUGUUGGCAACCCAACCCAAGAGACACCAGCUGUUGUCCAUGAAGUUGAAGGUUUGGAAGGUCAGGAAGAGCUGUGUUUCAUCAACAACAAUGGUAGCUGGUACAAGAAAGAGCCCAACUUUCAGUACAACAACUACCAACAGAAAUCCUAUUCCAACAACCAACAGAGUGGUUACCAGCCUCGAAACAAUCAGCAAGGCAGCUAUCAACCACAGCAAAACCCUCCUCCUGGUUUCAACAACAAAGGCAACAAUUCUUCCCAACAACAAUCUAAUCCCUCUACCUCCACCCCUCAAGUCAGCAGCACUGAUGCUCUACUGAAACAAAUCCUGGAAUCUCAAACAAGAAGUGAGAAGCAUGUUGGCUAUGAGUUGAAGAAUCUUCACUCAAAGAUUGAUGGGAGCUACAAUGAGCUCAACAACAAGUUCAGAGCUUUGGAGAACCAGUUUGCUGCCAUGAACACUCAACAAAAUCGCCAACAAGGUUCUCUACCUGGAAAGUCUGAGCAAAACCCCAAGGAAACCAUGAAAGCUAUCACUCUCAGGAGUGGUAAGGAGUUACCUCAGAGAGCUCUCACCAAGGAUGCUGAGAAACAAAGUGAGGGGGUUGCCAUCACCAUAGAUGAUGAAGUGGUGAUUGUUGAUGAGAAGAUCAAUGACGAGAUCUUGGAAAAGAUAGUGGAAGCCAAAGGAAAAGGAAAGGUUGGAGAAGAGAAGAAAACAGUUAAAGAUGGUGAAGUUGUCACUCCUGCAAGUGAAAGUUCUUUUGUUCCUCCUGCCUAUGAACCUAAGCUUCCAUUCCCAGGUCGAUUCAAGAGGCAGUUGCUAGAGAAGUACAAAGCUCUGUUUGACAAGCAAAUGAGUGAAGUCCAGGUCACAAUGCCCAUUAUUGAUGCUUUCAUGCUGAUUCCUCAGUACAGUAAGUUCCUAAAAGAUGCUGUAGCUGCAAAGAAGAAAGAGAUGGAGGGCAUGGUGAUUCUCACUCAUGAGUGCAGUGCUAUCAUUCAGAGGCUGGUCAUACCAAAGAAGCUAGAAGAUCCAGGAUGCUUCACAUUACCUUGUGCUCUUGGGCCUAUGGUAUUCGAUAGGUGUCUCUGCGAUUUGGGAGCUAGUGUCAGCUUGAUGCCCCUAUCUGUUGCUAAGAAGCUCGGUUUCACUCAGUACAAGAAGUGUAGACUUUCUCUGGUAUUGGCUGAUCGUUCAGUUAAGUACCCUGUGGGUAUCUUAGAGGACCUCCCAGUGAUGGUUGGAAAUUAUGAGAUCCCUACAGACUUUGUAGUGCUUGAAAUGGGUGAAGAAGCUCAAGACCCUUUAAUCCUUGGAAGGCCUUUCUUAGCCACAGCUGGAGCCAUUGUUAAUGUGAAAGAAGGCAAGAUUGAUCUCCAUCUGGGUAAAGGGCACGUUCUCCAUUUCGACAUCAAGGAGGUAAUGAGGAGGCCAACAGUUCAAGGGCAGGUGUUCUACAUUGAAGAGAUGGACGCCCUUGCUGAUGAAAUCCUUGAAGAGUUGUCACUAGAGGACCCUCUACAGCAUGCUUUGACUGUAGAGAAAGAGGCUGAGGUGGUUGAGAACCUGGAGAGUACUGCCUAUGGGAUGAUGCUGGAUUCACACCAGGGGUUUUUCAGUGAGGAUCAGUACGAGGAGCUUCCCCAGAUGGUUCACCAAGAAGUCUCAGUCACUCAACAAGAGGACAACCAGCAAGAUGACUGGAGUGAACUUAAGGCACCUAAAGUGGAGCUUAAACCUCUUCCCCAUGGUGUAAGGUAUGCAUUUCUUGGUCCUAAUGAAACUUACCCUGUCAUUGUGAGUAGUGAACUUACUGAAAGUGAGCUAUCUGAACUUUUGAGAACACUUAAAAGAUUUAGAAAGGCAAUAGGUUACUCACUAGAUGACAUCAAGGGGAUAUCACCCUCUCUGUGCAUGCAUAGGAUACAUCUUGAGGAUGAAUCAAUGACUUCUAUCGAGCAUCAAAGAAGGUUAAAUCCUAACCUGAAGGAUGUUGUAAAGAAAGAGAUUCUUAAACUCCUAGAUGCUGGUGUUAUUUACCCUAUCUCAGAUUCUAAAUGGGUAUCACCUGUGCAUGUUGUACCAAAGAAAGGUGGUAUCACUGUGAUUAAGAAUGACAAGGAUGAAUUGAUACCAACAAGAACCAUCACAGGUCAUAGAAUGUGCAUUGAUUACCGAAAACUAAACUCUGCAUCUAGAAAGGAUCAUUUUCCAUUACCAUUUAUUGAUCAGAUGCUUGAGAGACUUGCAAAUCACCCAUUCUAUUGUUUCCUUGAUGGGUAUUCAGGAUUUUUCCAAAUCCCCAUACAUCCCAAUGAUCAAGAGAAAACGACAUUCACAUGUCCCUAUGGUACCUUUGCAUAUCGAAGGAUGCCAUUUGGUCUAUGUAAUGCUCCAGCCACCUUUCAAAGGUGCAUGAUGUCAAUUUUCUCUGAUCUGAUUGAGGAUGUUGUGGAGGUAUUUAUGGAUGAUUUCUCUGUCUAUGGAUCUUCGUUUUCUGCUUGUUUGUCAAAUUUGUGCAGGGUCCUACAGAGAUGUGAAGACACCAACCUUGUGCUGAAUUGGGAGAAGUGUCACUUCAUGGUCAAGGAAGGGAUUGUGCUAGGACACAAGAUUUCAGAGAAGGGGAUUGAGGUGGAUAAAGCCAAAAUCGAUGUUAUGGUUGGUCUGCCUCCACCAAAGACAGUGAAAGACAUCCGGAGUUUUCUUGGCCAUGCUGGAUUCUACAGGAGGUUCAUCAAGGAUUUCUCCUUGAUAACUAGACCUUUGACCAGGCUGCUGUGCAAGGAAGCUACCUUCAGUUUUGAUGUGGAAUGCCUACAAGCUUUCAAGAAGCUAAAAGGUGAACUCGUUAGUGCCCCAAUUGUCCAGCCACCUGAUUGGGAUCUUCCUUUUGAGAUCAUGUGUGACGCCAGUGACUAUGCUGUGGGAGCUGUUUUGGGGCAGAAGAAAGAUGGCAAAACCCAUGUGAUCUACUAUGCCAGCCAAACCCUCAAUGAUGCUCAGAUGAGGUAUGCCACAACAGAGAAAGAGAUGCUGGCAAUUGUUUUUGCCUUUGAGAAGUUCAGGAGCUACUUGGUUGGGUCUAAAGUCAUUGUCUACACCGAUCAUGCUGCCUUGAGACACCUUUUGGCCAAGAAGGAUGCAAAACCCAGGCUUUUGAGGUGGAUCCUUUUGCUCCAAGAGUUUGAUAUGGAAAUCAAAGACAAACCCGGAGUUGAGAAUGGAGUAGCUGAUCAUUUGUCCAGGUUGAGGGUAGAGUCUGGUAUCCCUAUUGACGAAGGACUUCCUGAGGAGCAGAUCAUGGCUAUCGAAGCAGUGAUAGCAGUCUGUGAGACUGGUAGGAAGCUGGAAGAAGUCCAAGCAACAGAGGAGAAAGAACCUUGGUAUGCCGAUUUAGUGAACUACCUAGCCACAGGAAGAGAACCUCUGAAUCUUGUGAAAAUGGUUAAGAAGACAAAGGGAAGGUUGGAAGCUGAGAGGCAAGAAGCCGAAAGUCAAGAGUUUGCACUAAGAGGAAAAGCUUUAACCAGCGAGCCAACUGGCUCAGGGACGCAGAGGACUGUGCGACAGCAGACGUUGGCUGCAAGGAAAUCGAAAGAACACGAGAAGAGGGCAGGGAAAAGUGUACCAGUUCCCACCCAUGAGGAAGGUGAAACUGAGAGUGAAGAUGAGCCGGCACCUACGAAGAAAGCCAAGAUGUCAAAGGGCAAAGGGGUUGCUGUUGAUCGAGACAGAGCGAAAACUCCAUCUGUGGAGGAGCUAUAUGAUCAUUUGAAGAAUGGAGUCACUUGGGCUCCAACCAGGUUUGCCGACCUCGAUUUGCUGAAGGAGUUGGGUCUAGAGUCUGAUAUUGAGGAUGUCACUUGUCAGUUCCUAUCCUCUCUUGUGGUCACUUACCACGACACGGCGCAUGUGAGACAAGGAUGGGGAAAAAUCAGGUUCAAGGUCAAUGGAAGAGAAUACAACAUGAACUUCAAGGACAUUGGGAGGGUCAUGGGGUUCCAAGACCUAGAAGACCACUCACUUCCCAAGUGUGAGAACCUCCCCACAGAGCUCUGGAAGUUGAUCACUGGAAACAAGCACUCUACCGGGGCGGACAAGAACUCACACAUCCGACACCCGUCUGUACGCUACCUCCACAGAUUGCUAGUCCAUGCUUUUUACCCACGGAAGCAAGCUGGUACGGAGUACUUUCUCGGAGAACACGGGCCUCUCGAUCCAAUUCAAGCAGCUCCAUCAAGGAAAAGGAGUGUCCCUACGCAACCUGAUUCGCCUGUUGCAGACACAUCUGAGCAUAUCUAUGGACCUCCGCGCUACUACUUCAAGCCCCAUGACGGAGUCCUUCCCCCUGGAGCUCUCCGUGAUGCUCAUGACCACAUUGGUCGUCUCCAGAGGUGGAACAAAGCUCAGGACAGAACGAUAGAAAAGCUGAAGGAUAAAACAAUCGAAAAGCUGAAGGACAAGUGCAAGGCGCUGAGCACGACGGUGAAGAAGCAAGCAAAGACUUCAGCCAAGUUCAUGAAGAAGGUGGCCGAUGUCUUGACCAGAGGAGGAAUAGCUGGAUGUAGCUCAGCGGACUUCGCCUUCGCGAACACAUCAGUCCCCCAGCCCCCACCUCAGCCCACUGAUCUUGGUUUCCCACUCACUGAUAGACAGCUCCAGCGAAAAUGGAGGAACCCACCCACUCAGCCUUCCACCUCUGGAAACAAGUCUCCAUCCCUAGCCUCUUCAGAAAGUGAGGCCGAGAUUGAAGAGGUUCAGAGGUUACUACACCACGUUCCCACCGGACGACGACGAUGA